AUGCAAGUGCCGGUGUCAGGGAAGGAGGAUGACGAGGGGUCGUACUUGUUUCCUCCCCCGGCAAAACUGAUGUUUCAAGGAAACUUCGACAAGCUGAGAGAAAAAGCAGAAGGAGAAGAAAAGUAUUGCUUGGUGAAUCUGCAGAAGAGAGACAUCUUCCACUCACAGAUGCUGAAUCGCGACACAUGGAGCAACGAGCUCGUCACUGCUGUCGUGACGAGCAAAUUCAUCUUCUGGCAGCAAGAGUUUGAGAGCACAGCAGGCAGACAGUAUCUCAGUAUCUAUCCGUCCUACACCUUCCCCGUCAUCGACAUAAUAGAUCCUCUCACGGGAGCCCUGCUUGAGCGAAUCGAAGAGUACAUCGCUCCCAAAGAUCUCGUCGAACGUCUCUCGCGGUUUCUUGACUCUCAUCAAUGGGGCAAAAUGGGUAAGGCUUUGCAAGUGGCAUCCUCCUCUGCUCUCUCUGCUCCCCAGCCCUCGAUCCCGAGCGUGAAGGGGCCAGGCAACAUGGAGACGAAGUCAAGAAUGUCGCUUGAAGAUGAGGAUGCGGAACUUCACGCUGCCAUUGAAGCUUCUUUACAAGACAACCCAGCAUUCCCUCCUGAUGGAUGUCUAGAUGAUGAUGGCGAUAGAGGCAGGUCUGAGAACAUUUAUUCUCACUAUACAGAUUCUCUGAGAGUAGCACAAGACAUCGAGUUUCAGAAGUCCUUGGAGGAGGAUCGCAGGAAGGAGCAAGCAAGGUUGGAAGAGCAGCGAAGGAUUGAGAGAAUCAAGCGCGAGGCCGAGGAAGCUGAGAGGCAGCGGGAAAGACAGCUCGAAGACGUUAGAAACUCCUUGCCACCAGAGCCCAGCAAGGAAGAUCGCUCCGCUACGCACAUCCAGUUGCGGUUUCCUGAUGGAAGCAGGCACAGCAGGAGAUUUCUCGAUACCGAGACACUCAAGGUCGUCCUCGAUUUCAUGUUCGUCUGUGGAGCAGAUCCUGAGAAGCACACGCUCGCUACUGCGUUUCCCCGCAAGAUUCUCGAUGAGGCGGACAAGUCGCUCAAGGACUUGGGGCUCUCUCAUCAUAUAAGCCUCAACGUUGAAAAGAAGUAGGAUUGAGAGGGAUGGAGGGCGCAGGGGGUGAGGGGGAUGAGGGUUGUGUAGACAGAGCCGAGGAACGGGAGAGGAACAACUGGUCGGUUUCAAUAUACAUUGAUCAUUGAAGAC